AUGGUGAAAAUUUUUAUCGGCAACGUGGCGAGCGACACCAGCCCGGCCGAGCUGCGCGGUCUCUUCGAGAAGUACGGCGAGGUGACGGAGUGCGACGUGGUCAAAAACUUCGGCUUCGUCCACAUGAGCGACCUGGCCCAGGCCGAGGAGGCCAUCCGGAACCUCCACCGGGAAAAGCUGAACGGCUGGCCCAUGAACGUGGAGCUGAGCAAGGGCAGGCCCAAGUCCAGCACCAAGCUGCACGUGGGCAACCUGGGCGAAGGGGUCACGGCCGACGUGUUGCGGGCUAAAUUCCAAGAGUUCGGCAGCGUCGUGGAAUGCGACGUCGUCAAGGACUAUGCCUUCGUUCACAUGGAGCGAAUGGAGGAUGCCAUGGAUGCCAUUAAUAAGAUGGACAACACCGCCUUUAAAGGCAAACUGAUGAGCGUACGACUGUCCACCAGUCGGCUGCGCACGACUCCGGGAAUGGGAGAUCAUACCGGCUGCUUUGUCUGCGGAAAACACGGUCACUGGUCGAAAGACUGUCCAGUCGAUCGCAACAAUAGCCACGGCGACGACGCGAGAGGUUUCGGCGGCCGGGGCCGCCCGCGCGGUCCCCCGGCUUUCGGCAGGGGCGGCUACGGAACGGCCGCUAAUUUCACGCCCGGCGCGCCGUUUAAUCGGCCUAGUUUCGGGAUGCCGCCCCCUCCUCGGAGGCCCGGCGGCCCCGAGGCGGGGGACCGCUACGGCGAGAGGUCUCCGCUUUACGAACGAGACCGCGGCGUCGACCACUACGAGAAGUACAGAGCCCGCCCUUACGGCGGGAGCUAUUUCGAAGAGCGCCGCACGUCCUAUAUCCCGCCUCCCCCGCCGCCGCCGCCCCCUCCCUCGGAGUUCUCGGAUCCGUACGAGCGGCGUCUUCCGCCGGCUCCCGCGCCGGCCCCUCCUUCCGCUUACUACGCGAAAGAGCGCGACCCGAUCCGCCGGGUACCCGUCGCCCCGGCGGGCUACGGCUUUGAGCGGAAGCGGCUAUCCCCCCCCGCGGCCGCCGGCAGAGGCGCCUACGCGCCGCCGCGGCCCAAGGAGUAUUUCGCCCCACGUUUCGCUCCGUACUAA